GCAGAACGCAUACGAGACGCCGUGUAUAUAAUCCACCGGCGGCAGACGGUGGAAUUCAGUCAGCUCGUCAACACAACCGGCAAACUGCUAUCGUAUAACGAUGAAGGUACUUGUCAGCAUCGUGCUCUUGGCCACUACGGUCUUGGCCGAACCACCGAGAUACCGCCAGCAAUAUCAGCCACAGAAUCAAUAUUACUUUGCCCAACAGCAAGAGGAGGCCGCACCUUAUCCCGCGUCUGGUUGGAAACCAGCGGGAACUGCUUUUGAUCUUCCUCAAAAACAACUUCAACAAUACGAAGCGCCAAGUGCGUCCCAGCAACAGUACGGAGCACCAAACACUCCUCAGCAACAGUAUGGAUCACCAAGCGCGUCGCAACAGCAAUACGGAACACCAAAUGCUCCUCAGCAACAGUAUGGAUCACCAAGCGCGUCGCGACAGCAAUACGGAGCACCAAACACUCCUCAGCAACAGUAUGGAUCACCAAGCACGUCGCGACAGCAAUAUGGUGCACCAAGCUUCCCUCGGCAAUAUGGAGCACCAUCCUCCGAUCCUCGGCGAGAAUACGGAGAACCGGAAGAGUCCACAACGACAGAAACUCCUAACACUACCGAAGAGGAAGAAGCAUCUACCGUUCAAGGCAUCACUGAAUCUGAGUCCGAGCCCGUGAACGCGGUGAACGAGCUCGAGGACGAGAACAUUGAUGACAAGCAGCCUCAGCAAUCCGGAGAAUACUACGUGGCACUACCCGACGGUCGUCUUCAGCGCGUGCGAUACAUCAGCCGUCAAGACGCCGAGGCCAUGAAGUACUUCGCCAAGAUUCGCGCCGAGAACGUGGAGCCUCUUCGCGGGCCGAUCUAUGCGUAUGCACCGCUGCAGAAGCUACAGAUCGUGCCGGCCGGUCUGCAAGUGUCCGUUGCCCCAGUCGCCGCGGUCGCACCCGCGGACGCCAAACCGCAAAAACUCGAAAUCGAGCCCGUGGCUGCACAAGUGCAAUACCAGUAUGACAAUAACCCUUCGCGCGUGGUGCCCCUGGCCAACCCCCUCAGCACUACCUACACUGCCUACUCGGCGAACUAUCAGGCACCAGCGGCCGACUCUAGAUUCCUCCUCACCUUCCAGUGAAUGAAAUGCGACAACCCGACAUGAUCACAAUCUGCAACGUGACGACUUUUGUAAAUUGUAACGUACACAUGUUGCAUAGAUUCUAUAACGAUUCUAUACUGACAAUUAGGCUAAGCUGACGCUGCAAUAAAGUUGAUAAUAACAUUU